GGUGUCGGUCAUAGGUGGAGACUGUCUGACUUGUUCCCAUCGUGGAUGACCUUGACAGCGAAUCUACUCAGCCAUGUCGUACGGUGCGGGUUUUGGGGAUCCUAAUCAACUAGCCCAACGCAUAACUUCUAACAUACAGAAGAUCACGCAAUGCUCUGCCGAAAUACAAAGAAUACUACACCAGCUUGGAACACCACAAGACACACAUGAGUUGAGGCAACAGCUGCAACAGAAGCAGCAAUACACCAACCAGCUUGCCAAAGAAACUGACAAAUACAUUAAAGAGUUUGGAUCUUUGCCUGCAACAAGUGAACAGCGUCAAAGAAAAAUACAGAAAGACCGUCUUGUGGGGGAGUUCACCACAGCACUAACAAAUUUCCAAAGACUCCAAAGGCAAGCUGCUGAGAAAGAAAAAGACUUUGUAGCCAGAGUAAGAGCCAGCUCAAGAGUAUCUGGUGGUGCUCCUGAAGACACCUACAAAGAAGGAACGCUUGUCUCUUGGGACAGUCAACCACAAGCACAAGUGCAAGAUGAAGAAAUUACAGAAGAUGACCUCCGUCUUAUUGAGGAGAGGGAAUCUUCCAUUAGGCAGCUUGAAGCAGAUAUUAUGGACAUCAAUGAAAUUUUUAAAGAUCUAGGGAUGAUGAUUCAUGAACAAGGUGAUGUGAUAGACAGCAUAGAAGCCAAUGUGGAAAAUGCAGAUGUACACGUGCAGCAAGCAAACCAGCAGCUGUCAAGAGCAGCAAACUACCAGCAAAGGUCCCGAAAGAAGAUGUGCAUCCUCAUUAUUGUACUUGCUGUUGGAGUAUUGCUUCUUGGAAUCAUCAUAUGGUUAGCUGCAAGAUAAGUCUCUGGAGAAAGUGUUGUAAUUGGUAUUUAAAUUAUGAAAGGAAAUUCCUAAUCAUGGUUUGCUCAUUUUGAAGCUGAGUAAAAUAAUGGUUCUGUACUUCAUCACACUUACUUUUUUAUAAGACUCUUUGUUUUAACCUGAGAAGUAUCGUUCUCAGCACUACUGACAGUGUAACUGCCUGCCCUCUUGGAUGUGGGUGCUGUCUUACUAGAAAAGAACAGUCAAGGUCAUAACCUGUUCCGUUAACUUAAACAUAAAAACCUCUUGAGGUUUAGGAGGCUAAUCAAAAUCCUGAUAAUUUCUUUUGACAGGGGAGGUAAUUAUGUUUUCAGAUAUUGCUAAAUUUUGCUACCAAAACAAACUCCCGAGUUGUUGCUUGAGGCAAUGAAUUCACAUCUCAGAAUUUAUUUUUAAGUUGGAAAUGUCUGUCUCUUACCACUCACCUGCCCAUUUGAUAUGGGUGGUUCAAAAAUAAAAUGCAGGUUGCUGAAGUUGGUGUGAUCUCUCUUUCAUAGCUGAAGCCUUUGAAUUAAGCUUUCAGUUUGCCUGAAAUCUUUUUAGAUGCUUCAUAUAUCUCUGUAUCUGGC